AUGGACUCCGGGGCCAAGUUGGCUAAUGAGCUGCAGCUUGUACAAGAAACAUCCCAUAGCAUCGCCAGGUAUGCAUGCAAGAAGUGCCGUUGUGUUCUUUUUACAAAUGAGGAUUUGGACAUGCACGAACCGGAGAAGCACCAGAUAUCAGUUCACAAGAAACUCAAGGAUGUCAAGCAGCACGUGAGCGCGCCCAUGGCUUGCUCGUCGUACUUUUUAGAGUCUCCACUAUCAUGGAUGGAUGAAAAAUUGCUGGCUGAGGGCAAGAUUCAUUGCCCUACGCAAAAGUGCCAGUCGCGCCUGGGCGCCCUUCACUGGUCAGGGUCUCAAUGCUCAUGUGGCACAUGGGUCACGCCCAGUAUCAAGAUAACUAAGAGUAGGGUGGAUUUAGUGCUGAAGCACAGCAAUUUAAAUAUCGUCACGAGUGUCACAGGAUUAGAUUCUACCGAUGCAGUGAAGGCGAUAUCACCGGUGUCGUAG